AUGGGAAAAGCCGGUCGCAUGGCGUGUAUCUUCACGCCCUAUGUCUUGACCAUCGCGUCAUUGAUUUGCAUUAUUAUGGUGGGAUUGGGUUGCACAAAUGCCAGCUCAAGUACCUUGAACAACCUGUACUUCCUUCGCCUUGAUAUUUCAAACAUCACGGCAAGCUCAGAAACAACAACAGAGAUCGAGAAUGCCCUCAGCGAUGCUGGCAUCACCUCCGUCACCGUCGACGAUCUCACAAGUGCCAUCGAAACCAUCGAGAACGAAUCGGGUCUCGCCGACUACUACGACAUUGGUCUCUGGGGUUACUGUGAGGGCGACAUCUCUGGUAGCAAGAAGAACAUCACCUCCUGCUCUAAGCCUAAGGCCGAGUUCUACUUCGACCCUCUUUCCCUUUUCGGCCUGGAGAACACCAACGCCGAAAGCGCCCUGGGCACAGAUGCUAAGAAGAUCAUGAAGGUGUACAAGGCCGUUUCCAAGUGGAUGUUCAUCGCCUACCUGGUCGCCUUCAUCGCCACCUGCGCUCAGAUCCUGGUUGGUAUCUUCGCCAUCUGUAGUCGCUGGGGUAGCUGCGUCACUACCAUAGUCUCAAUCGUCUCCUUCCUCUUCACUCUCGGAGCAUCUCUCACAUCGACAAUCAUGUUCUCCAUCGCAAAGGGCUCCCUCGGCACAGCCGCAAAGGCCUACGGCGUCAAGGUCUCCAUGGGCACAAACAUCUAUGCCGCAACCUGGCUCGCCGUGGUUUUCUCUCUGGCCGGUACCCUCUUCUGGAUGUUUAGCACCUGCUGCUGCUCCGGCCGUUCCCCCUACGGCCACAAGGACCGUGGCAUCAACCGUGGCUCUGUUACCGCCGAGAAGGCUCCUUACACCUACGAGCCCAUCGGCGCCGGCCACGCUCCCUUCGGCAGCCAGCCUUACGCUCCCCAGGGCCACAACACUGCCUACCCUCCUCCUCUCGCUCACAACGACAUCCCCAUGACCAACCAGCGUCAAAACGCUUACGAGCCUUUCCGUCAUGUUUAA